UUUUAAUAAAAAUUAUAGAAUAUGUCCUUCGUUAUUUGUAAGAAGAUUAUCCUUGCACUGUCUCUCCUGUUGUUCUGCUAUUGCUCAGAAGUAGAAACAAUGAUUAUGAAAGAACCUACAAGCAUGACCAAUAAUGUACCAACUGAUAUGGAACUUUAUCAAAAUAAUCUUGAUUCCUCUCCUCAGCACAGAUACCUAAGUAAAAUUGGGGAUGAGCUAAAAGACACAAAAGCUUCACCUAAAAAUGGGGUAAAAGUACUAGUACUCCUACUGCUGGUUGCUUUAACAAUAACACUCUGUCUCUAUGUCAAUAAAAAGCUUCGAAAUUAUAUUGAUAAUGAUAACUCUGUAGCCUUGACCCAGGCACGCCAAGGCCCUUUCAAGAUGCUCACUAAGAACAGCUUCGUCAGAUUUAAGGACGAGGAAACUGAGGAGUCCGUUGUCCUUGAGACAGAGCCUGAGAAAAGAUUCGAAAAGGAAGACUUUGGCACAGAUAUAGAGAAGUCAAUGGAGAACACCAAGAGAAAGUUCUGAAUUAAAGAUAUCCUCUCGCAACAGAUAAUUAUCGACGAGAGAAAGCACCAAAUUAGUAAAAGAAAAUCAAUGCUAAACCAGCCACUCUCAAAAGUUAAUGAUGAAGGAGGCAUAUUCUAUGAAUUAGAUAUUGAAAAGGGCACUGACAGGGAGAAUAACAUAUUUAACAAAGAGAAAGAGAUAGUUGUAAAAGACAUCGUCCCAACGACAGCUUCGACUUCUUACAGACAGUCCCCAUUAUAGUUUAAUUCAUAUUUCAUUAACUCA